UUUGGACUUAAGCAAUGAGGUUUUAUUGUUGUAAAAAAUCAACUGAAUCUGAAGUGGUCAUAUGACAUGUUGGACUUUUGUUUAAAUAUAAGAUAAUGUUUAUUGUAUCUAUUUUAUAUUUAUUGUAACUAAGUAUGAGCUCUCAAACUCCAAAUCGUCCGUACAUCGUGUGGGCGUCGUGGGUGCUUUGGUCCAUAUCAAUAUUUUUUAUAAUAUGGUCGCUGCUCUUAUUUUUCUAUAUCAGUGACAUGUUAGUUUUAACAGGCACUGACUUAGUGAACGCCGUGGUUCUACUCUCGGGUAUACUUAUGGUACCUACGAAUGUCUAUAUCGUCUAUUCUAUAGCGACUGGCCAAAAAAUUGUGUUUGCGGGGAAAGUUAUAUGUUGUCGUUUAUGGACAUGUAUUGUGUGGAUCAUUAUUAUAAAUCUCAUUGGAGUCGUUUUAUGUAUCCGGAGAAUUUACGUCUGUCAACUCAUUAUCCACAACAGCCUUUACACCAGUAUGCAGAAUUAUAAAACAGUGCCAAAAUGCAAACACUUCAUUGACCAUAUCCAAUGGGGGUUAGGUUGUUGUGGACUCAAUUCUUAUACUGAUUGGUUUACUCAUGAAUGGCACGACAGAGACCGUGACUUUGAGUGGAGUUCUGUAAGCGAGAGUAGUGAAACGAUUACAUCACGUAGAGAGAUUGACAGUGUGCCAUAUAGCUGUUGUAAGAGCGGAUCCUGUGUUUCAAAUUACUUGAAAGAGCUCGGGACUUAUUCGAUAAAUACUAAUGGGUGUGCAUAUUCCGUGUACCGUAUUGUUCUAAUAUCCUUGAACGCACACCUUAUUUUGUUCGUCACUGUCGUUGUUCUAGAAGCGUUUCUGUUGAGGAUUUUAAUGUUAGAGAAGAAUGAGCCAGACGAUACCAGAGACGCCUCGAGAGGAAAUAUAAACAAUAUCAUGAAUGUUAAUGAUAACUUUGAAAUAUCAAGCGGGUCCUACCAAUUGUAUGAAGAUGACAGCGAUGAGUUGGAAACUUCAAGACAGAACAAAAGUAUAAGGGAAAAUUAAUGGGUCUUUUUUUUAUACUUUUACUAAAUGUAUAAUUACUUAAUGUCUUAUAUGAUUAUAUGCAUUCAAUGUAAAUGUAACAAGCUUAUUAAAAGAAACUUUAAUUUUUUGUAAAAAUGA